AUGGGUCUCUCUGGGGUCUCUAUGGGUCGCUAUGGGGCAGGAAGGGGUCCCUAUGGGUCUCUCUGGGGCCUCUAUGGGUCGCUAUGGGGCAGGGAGAGGUCCCUAUGGGUCUCUCUGGGGUCUCUAUGGGUCACUAUGGGGCAGGGAGGGGUCCCUAUGGGUCUCUCUGGGGUCUCCGUGGGUCGCUAUGGGGCAGGAAGGGGUCCCUAUGGGUCACUAUGGGUCGCUAUGGGGCAGGAAGGGGUCUCUCUGGGUCUCUCUGGGGUCUCUCUGGGUCUCUAUGGGGCAGCAAGGGGUCCCUAUGGGUCUCUCUGGGGUCUCUAUGGGUGUCUAUGGGGCAGGGAGAGGUCUCUAUGGGUCUCUGUGUGGUCUCUAUGGGUCGCUAUGGGGCAGGGAGGGGUCCCUAUGGGUCUCUGUGGGGUCUCUAUGGGGCAGGAAGGGGUCCCUAUGGGUCUCUGUGGGGUCUCUAUGGGUCGCUAUGGGGUCUCUAUGGGUCUCUAUGGGGUCUCUAUGGGUCGCUAUGGGGCAGGGAGAGGUCUCUAUGGGUCUCUCUGGGGUCUCUAUGGGUCGCUAUGGGGCAGCAAGGGGUCCCUAUGGGUCUCUGUGGGGUCUCUAUGGGUCGCUAUGGGGCAGGAAGGGGUCCCUAUGGGUCUCUGUGGGGUCUCUAUGGGUCUUUAUGGGGCAGGGAGAGUCUCUAUGGGUCUCUAUGGGUCUCUAUGGGUCGCUAUGGGGCAGGAAGGGGUCCCUAUGGGUCUCUGUGGGGUCUCUAUGGGUCUCUAUGGGGCAGGGAGGGGUCCCUAUGGGUCUCUGUGGGGUCUCUAUGGGUCGCUAUGGGGCAGGAAGGGGUCCCUAUGGGUCUCUCUGGGGUCUCUAUGGGUGUUUAUGGGGCAGGGAGAGUCUCUGUGGGUCUCUAUGGGGUCUCUAUGGGUCACUAUGGGGCAGGGAGAGCUCCCUGGGUCUCUCUGGGGUUUCUAUGGGUCUCUAUGGGGCAGGAAGGGGUCCCUAUGGGUCUCUGUGGGCUCCCUAUGGGUCUCUAUGGGGUCUCUAUGGGUCGCUAUGGGGCAGCAAGUGGUCCCUAUGGGUCACUAUGGGUCUCUAUGGGGCAGGAAGGGGUCCCUAUGGGUCUCUAUGGGGUCUCUAUGGGUCGCUAUGGGGCAGGGAGAGGUCUCUAUGGGUCUCUAUGGGUCUCCGUGGGUCGCUAUGGGUCGCUGA